UGAUGUUGCACCGGCAGGGCAUUCGAGUCUAACCAAUCAACAGAGUUGUCCAGCUCCGGAUCAGUUGCGCCUCCUUAUCAAAACGAUCUGAUUGAGACAUGGCUGUUAAACAUAUCGCGAACUUUGUCCUACACACCAGGAUGAAAUCUCGGCAAUGUUGACCAACUCCCCUCUUUAUGCAAUUACUCAGCUUCAUUUGCAUGAAAGAGGGGCAGGCAAGGAGCCAGCUGCGUACAACCACGAAGCUUGCUGUGAAGAAACAUCGGCAUGGAGGGACCAACAAACGUCACUUCCAGUCUAUGUGACCACAGAAAACUACUUAUAUAGCUGGAGGAGAACUCUCAAGUUCGGACAUUUCAUCAACAUCAUCAACAACAAGCGAAUCAGACCACAGACUUUCCCCCUCGCACAAGGUCCGACAUUUGUGACUUUGAGCAAGAAAAUAUUCGAAUAUCAUAAACAUGACGAUUCCAACUACAAGCAAGUUCGACUUCAUUGUCGUUGGAGGUGGUACUGCCGGUAAUGUGGUCGCUGGACGCCUGGCAGAAAACCCAAAAGUAACUGUCCUGGUCAUUGAAGCCGGUCCUGGCAACCCACGCGAGAUCCCCGAGAUCACAACCCCAGCACGAGCAUUCGAACUUCGUGACAGCAACUAUGACUGGGCUUAUAAGACCACCAUGAUUGAUAGACCUGAUUAUACUCGAGUCGAGAAACCAAACACAAGAGGCAGAGUUCUUGGUGGGAGUAGCUGCUUGAAUUAUUACACUUGGGUUCCUGGCAGUGCUGCAACAUUUGAUGACUGGGAAGCUUUUGGUGGCUCUGAUUGGAAUUGGGCAAAGUGCGAGCCGUAUCUCAAGAAGCCUGCCAAGUACUUCGACGAUGAAAAUCUCUAUCCAGCGGAGCUCAAGAAAGUUGGAAGCGAGCAAGGAAUUCUCCCAGUGUCCCACGCCGAGCUGGUUCCUGAGAUGGCUCCAUUCCGUGACGCAUUGACAAAGGCUUGGGUCAGUAAAGGAGAGAAGUUGACUGAUGAUAUCUACUCUGGAAAGAUGGCUGGUCUGGUAAAGUGCAUCAGCUCCAUCCACAAAGGGUUCCGAUCGUCGAGCUAUGUCUUCGUUGAAGGCAAGCCUAACAUCACAAUUUUGUCCUCGACACACUCCAAGAAGUUGGUACUUGACGGGACCACAGUGACUGGCGUGGAAGUCAUUGGACCCGAUGGAAAGGAAUUGACCUUUUACGCUGACAAAGAGGUCAUUGUUUCCUCUGGUGUGUUUGAAUCGCCAAAACUUCUGUUACUUUCUGGCAUCGGCCCAGAAGAAGUUCUCAGCGAACACGGUAUCACACCUGUGUUGAAGUCUUCACAUGUCGGAAAGAAUCUGCUGGAUCAUCCCAUCGUACCCCACGUCUUCAUGCUCAAGAACGAUUUGGGUUUGGACAACCACCUCUUGAGGAGUGGUCCUGCCAAGGCAGGUGCGAUCUCUGUAUACCAGAAGGAUAGAACUGGCCCGCUGAGCAGUGGCCUUCUCGAACUUGUUGGAUUUCCCCGUAUCGAUGAGCGCUUGAUGAAGAGUAAGGAAUAUGUUGCAGCCAAGGCGAAGAACGGUGGACUUGACCCAUUCGGUCCUGGUGGACAGCCUCAUUUUGAAAUUGACUUUGUGCCCAUGUUCUGCGAUGCUUUCCAAUGGCACUUUCCAACCCCGCCAACUGGGUCAUGGUUCACAAUCAUUGUUGAUCUCCUUCGCCCAGUUUCGCCUCCUGGGCAGGUCAAAUUAAACUCUGCAAACUGUCUUGACCAGCCCAACAUCAACUUGAACUUCCUUGCCGACGAUCUCGAUGUUAUGGCUUUGCGCGAAGGUGUUCGAUUCGUUGAUGAUAUUUUGAUGAACGGCGAAGGAAUGAAGGAUAUCAUUGGAAGCGAUUAUCCUUGGCCGAUGCCACGAAAUUCUGAUGCGGCAAUGGACAAGCUUGUGUUGGAACGAAGCCAGACCGGGUUCCACCCGUGCGGAACUGCUCGUCUUUCAAAGAACAUCGAACAAGGUGUGGUCGACAGCCAAUUAAAGGUACAUGGCAUAAAGAACCUGCGUGUUAUCGAUGCUUCAGUCUUCCCGAUCAUUCCCGACUGCCGAAUCCAAAAUGCCGUGUAUAUGGUUGCUGAGAAAGGUGCAGAUAUCAUAAAGGCUGAAUACUCUUCCUUGUACUGAGGGAUACGGACUCUCUGCUUUGGUGGUUCUUAAAAAUGAUGUCGUAGUUUUCUAAGUUUCUCCCCGCUCUAAUAUCAUGAUUUGUCGUUCUAUUGUCUCGGUGCGAACGUGCUGAUUUGACCGUUACAUGGGAGAAAGAAAUGCUUGAGAAAUCCUUCAUAUCUUAUAAUUAGC